UGUGAUCUGUCAAAUCGAACAAAUGAAAAUAAUCGGACGUACGGAAGAAAACAUAUGCGAUUAUCAAAAAUCCUAUAAUUCUCGGCAGCAUUUAAAAGGAAGCAAAAAUGUGUACCGAACAAGCUCGUGACCUAUCGGAGAUCAAACGUUUCCAAACCAACGAGGAAGGACGUAAAACAGCAACAACUACGGAUCAGAUUAAAACGGAGUCGUCGGUCGAACGGCUCUACAGCAGAUAUGAACAGCUGGCAGCAAUGGACCCAUCCCUGCCGACACUUACUCGUAUGGAUCAUGCUCGUUAUUUAGAAAUCUCACUAGAAAGAUUGUCCUCAGGAUACGAAUGUUUGGAUUGUAGCCGUCCUUGGUUGGUUUACUGGAUCUUGAAUGCCGCUAGCGUUUUGGGAGUAAAGUUCACCGACAGUUUACUUAACCGAGUAGUGGAUUUUUUAAUAAAGUGCCGCAGCCAGAAUGGUGGAUUCGCAGGUGGUCCCGGUCAGGAUCCGCAUCUAGCACCUACUUAUGCAGCGGUUAACGCUCUUUGUAUUAUUGGAACAGAUAAAGCCCUUAACGCCAUCAAUCGUAGAACACUGAAGGAGUUUCUUUGGACAGUUCGUGAACCAAACGGUGCCUUUCGAAUGCACGUCGGAGGAGAGCUGGAUGUACGUGGAGCAUAUUGUGCAAUUUCAUCUGCAAAGCUAGCUACCUUCUCGGCAGAAGAUGAAUCUCGCCUGUUCGAGGGGACAGCAAACUGGAUUGCUGAGUGUCAAACAUACGAAGGAGGUUUCGGUGGAACUCCAGAUUUGGAGGCUCACGGAGGAUAUUCGUUUUGUGCGGCAGCAGCUCUUGUUAUCCUAGGUGGGGAAGAAAAAUGUGACCUGAACGCUCUGCUGCGGUGGGCUGUGAACCGCCAAAUGGCAUAUGAAGGUGGUUUCCAAGGUCGUACAAACAAACUAGUCGACGGAUGUUAUUCAUUCUGGCAGGGAGCUUUGAUUCCGAUUGUCCAGAGUUUAAUGGCUCGGAAAGAGGGGCGACCAGAAAUUAUGGACACAGUGCUGUUCCAUCGGAUGGCCUUGCAGGAGUAUGUGCUCAUCUGCUGUCAAAAGCCAUCCGGUGGUUUAAUUGAUAAACCAGGAAAACCAGCAGAUCUGUAUCACACUUGCUAUACUCUGAGCGGACUUGCUGUUGCACAGCACUGCGAAACAAAUAAACCUCCCGUAGUACUGGGACAUCCUGACAAUGAAAUACUGCCAACUCAUCCGGUCCAUAACAUCCCUCCAAAAGCGGUUAUCGAUGCAUAUAAAUACUUUCUGAACAACGAACUUCUGGAGCCGGACCGCGUCAACGGUCACUGUAACGGUGGUGGUGGUGACGAUAUCGAGAUGAAAGAUUGUCCAAUGGACGAUACAAGCGAAUCAAGCAGAAAGCGCGCCGAAACCCCUGCCGGGGACACAGACUCGAUGUCCGGCAUCAGCGCUGGGGCCGAUCUGCAGGAGGAACAAUCGGUGGAGACAGCCUCCGAAUCGUCGAGUGCGUGCAGCAGUGAACGAUCCUCAGCAGAGAGGUCUCAAUCUUGAACAUUUGUUCUCCACAAAAUCAUUUUGUUAUGGAACGUGAGACAAAGUGUGUGAUUGAAUUAUUACUAUAUUUUUCUUAUCUUGAAUAUGCGCUUUAAUACUUAAAAUAUAGAAAAUAAA